AGCGCGCUUCUGCAUUUUGUGCGCGCGUGCGCCUGUGUGUGCAAUGACUGAGCGACAGGGAGAGGCCGGCUCUGCAACAGCGAGCACGUGAACAGCGGGGAGGGGUCGCCGUGAACUCCACGCCCCUCUGUGACGAGCAUCCUUUUUACAGAACGGCUGAUGGCAGCUUGGCCAGACGCAGCGGCAACAGCGGCAGGAGUAGGAGCAGGAAUGGAAAGCAUCCCCCGGCAAUCAGAUUCGGAUUACCGUGUCCCCGUCGCCACGGAGAUGUCUUUUUUCUUUGCAGGAAGUGGAGCACUUCUGGAGAGUCUUGUUGCGUCAUCCCCGCGUGAGAUAUCUACAUUGGACUAGAAAAUCGUACUUGUGACAUUCAAGCUGUUUUGGAAACAACACGAGAGGAGCUACCGGCCUCUCUUGCUUCAGCGCUUUAACGGGGGGUUUGCCAAAUUUUUGUUAAAAAAUUUUAAAAAACAGAAGAUGACCGCCAUGCAGAAGCUGCUGCAGCUGCCCGUAAGCGCGGUAAACAUGGUGAAGACGGUGCAGAGUCAGGUGCAGGGCCACGAGGAGGACAAGAGCCCGGUGCUCACCCCCGAUGGCGGGCAGCAGACCUGGUACAGCGCCCUGAGGCCCGACGAGUUGCGCCACCUCCGCUCAGGGAGCAGCAGCGCAGGAGGAGGAGGAGGAGGUGGAUGUGGUGGCGAUGGAGGAAGAGAUCAAGAGGAACGAGCACCACUGGAGGAAGGUGGCGGCGGUAACGGGAGCUCACAAAGUCAACCUUUGCGACACGACGACCUGAAGGAGAUGCUGGACAGCAACAAAGACUCUCUGAAGCUGGAGGCCAUGAAACGCAUUGUGGCAAUGAUCGCUCGAGGUAAAAACGCGUCAGACCUCUUCCCUGCGGUGGUGAAAAAUGUGGCUUGUAAAAAUAUCGAGGUGAAGAAGCUGGUCUACGUUUACCUCGUGCGCUACGCUGAAGAGCAGCAAGACCUCGCCCUGCUCUCCAUCUCCACCUUCCAGCGAGGCUUGAAGGAUCCCAACCAACUGAUCAGAGCCAGCGCGCUGCGAGUUCUGUCCAGCAUCCGAGUCACCAUCAUCGUUCCCAUCAUGAUGUUGGCCAUUAAAGAGGCUGCUUCGGACAUGUCUCCGUACGUCCGGAAAACUGCUGCCCACGCCAUUCCUAAGCUCUACAGUCUGGAUCCAGACCAGAAGGACCAGCUGAUUGAAGUCAUCGAGAAGCUCCUCGCUGACAAAACCACUCUGGUGGCAGGCAGCGUGGUCAUGGCCUUUGAGGAGGUGUGCCCGGAGCGGAUCGACUUGAUCCACAAGAACUACAGGAAACUGUGCAACCUCCUGAUCGACGUGGAGGAGUGGGGCCAAGUGGUCAUCAUCAACAUGCUGACGCGCUACGCCAGGACACAGUUCCUCAACCCCAACAUCAAUGAGUCCCUACUGGAGGAGGGCGGGAGCGGCGACAAGACCUUCUACGGCUCCGAUGGCAACGACGACGACGACGAAGACGAGGAGGACAAGGAGAAGAAGGCCGAGGCCGCCGCCCUGGCCAAGCGGAAACCUUACGUGAUGGAUCCCGACCACCGGCUGCUGCUGAGGAACACCAAGCCGCUCCUGCAGAGUCGCAACGCAGCUGUGGUGAUGGCCGUGGCUCAGCUCUACUUCCAUCUCGCUCCCAAAGCGGAGGUCGGCGUGAUCGCCAAGGCUCUGGUGCGUCUUCUGCGGAGUCACAGUGAAGUCCAGUAUGUUGUUCUUCAAAACGUGGCCACUAUGACCAUUAAAAGAAGGGGGAUGUUUGAACCUUACCUGAAGAGUUUCUAUAUCCGCUCCACAGACCCGACACAGAUAAAAAUCCUGAAGCUGGAGGUUCUCACCAAUCUUGCCAAUGAGACAAACAUCUCCACGAUUCUUCGAGAGUUUCAGACAUACAUCAAAAGCGUGGAUAAAGACUUUGUGGCCGCCACCAUCCAAGCCAUCGGCCGCUGCGCCACCAACAUCGGAGAAGUGAGGGACACGUGUCUGAACGGCCUGGUGCAACUGCUCUCCAACAGAGACGAGUUGGUGGUGGCUGAGUCGGUGGUGGUGAUCAAGAAGCUGCUGCAGAUGCAGCCCGAGAAGCACAGCGACAUCAUCAAACACAUGGCCAAACUGACGGACAACAUCCAGGUGCCGAUGGCGCGGGCCAGCAUCCUGUGGCUGAUCGGGGAAUACUGCGAGCACGUGCCCAAGAUUGCCCCGGAUGUCCUGAGGAAGAUGGCCAAGUCCUUCACCAACGAGGAGGACAUUGUCAAGCUGCAGAUACUCAACUUGGCCGCCAAGCUCUACCUCACCAACUCCAAACAGACCAAACUGUUGACGCAGUAUGUCCUCAACCUGGCCAAGUACGACCAGAACUACGACAUCCGCGAUCGGGCGCGCUUCAUCCGCCAGCUCAUCGUGCCCACCGAGAAGAGCGGAGCCCUCAGCAAAUACGCCAAGAAACUCUUCCUGGCCCUCAAGCCUGCGCCUGUCCUGGAAUCUCCGUUUAAAGAUCGAGACCACUUCCAGCUGGGCUCGCUGUCCCACCUGCUGAACGCCAAAGCCGGCGGCUACCAGGAGUUGCCCGACUGGCCGGAAGCCGCCCCAGACCCCUCCGUGCGCAACGUGGAGUCCUGCCAGGUAUUUUCGCUGCUUGAGCGAGUCACAACGUUGACCAGCGUGCCGGAAUGGACCAAGUGCAGCAGCCGAGAGAAGAGGAAGGAGAAAAAAGUCGAAAAGCCCUUCUACUCUGAUUCUGAGGGCGAGUCUGGGCCAACCGAGUCCGCUGACAGCGAGUCCUACUCCUCCAGCGGCUCCGACAGCGCGAGUGCGAGCGCCGAAAGCGGCUCCGGAUCCCAGAGCGAAGAAAGCGAAGACGCUUCCGACUCGGAGGAGGAGGAGGAGGAGGAGGACAAAAAGAAGGUGUGGAAGAAAGAAUUCAAGAAGCUGGCGCAAGGAAGCGAAAGUGAGCAGAGCAGCGAAAGCGAUGAGAGGAAGCGUGCAAGGAAGAGCAAACAACAGAAGAGCGAAUCGGAGUCGGAGACGGACGGAGACGAGGAAAGCGAUUCCGAAAGCAGCCAAUCUGAAUCUGACGACUCCGAGUCGGAGGUGGAUGUCAAAAACAAGAAGGCAGUGCAAUCAAAAGCCCCCUCCAAGCCCGUCAUAAAAGAGACCAAGAAAGAAAAGAAAGAAAUGUCGUUGCUGGACCUUGACGACUUCGAACCCGCCCCUUCGCCUCAAGUCACGCCCGUCAACUCCUUCCUGUCCAGCAGUCUCGUGACCGACCUGGAGGGCUUGUCAUUGUCCGACUCGGUUCUCUCACCCGCGGCCAUCUCGCCGUCGGGCACGCAGAAGUGCUACGAGCUGCUGCACCGCAUCUCUGGCGAGGGCCUGUCGGUGGAGUACUGCUUCAGCCGCCAGCCCUUCGGCCCCGACGCCAACAUGGUGGCGGUGCAGAUGCAUUUUGCCAACAGCGCCGCCACGGACGCCAAGAACCUGCACAUGGAGGACGUCAAGCUGCAGUCUGGCAUGAGGGUCACGGACUUCCCGGAAAUCGAGCUGCUGCCUGCGGGUGAGACGACCACCGCUGUGAUGGGCAUCGACUUCUGCGACUCCACACAAGCGGCAAAUUUCCAGCUGUGUACUCACAGCAGGAAGUUUUUCGUGUCCAUCCAGCCGCCGGUCGGAGAGCUGAUGAAACCGGUUUUCAUGACCGAGAACGAGUUUAAAAAGGAACAAGGUCAGCUCAUGGGCAUGAAUGAGAUCACAGAGAAGCUGACGCUGGACGUGAAGUGCCGGAACGAGCACGCCAUCGUCCAGAGGGUGUCGGCCGCCGCCAACCUCAGCAGAGUGCCCUGCGGCUCCGACAAGGAGUGCAGGUUUGCCGGCCGGACGGUGAGCGGGGGCAGCCUGGUGCUCGUCACCGUGGCCACCGAGGAGGACGGCAGUGCCCGGCUGACUCUCAACUGCGAGAAGAUGGUGAUCGGCACCAUGCUGGUCAAGGACGUGCUGCUGGCUCUCACGCAGUGAAUCUUUGUGGGAUUUCCUUUUUUUUUUUUUUCUUUGUGACAAUCGCAUCUGCUCACGAGAACGACAUGAUGACAGCAA